UUUCUCGCGGUUCCACUCUGCGUGGUGCGCUUCUCCGCUCUCGCAGGAUGGAGAUGGAGGAGUACAUACAGGAGUGGCGUCAGUACCUGAGGGACCCAACUGCACCAGCCGGGCACCGAUUCAGGGCUUUCGUGCUCAAUGUGGCAGCGGCGCGGGUGUCCUUGAUUCUAGCCUGGACCGUCAACGUCAUUUGCGCCGUGAACACGCUGUGCGCCCAGUCGAUGCGGGAGGCGCUGGUGUUCGUGCGCAUCCUCGUGGGCACCGUGUCGGGCGUGGGCGCCAUGCUGGCCACGCACCGCAAGUACCUGCUCGUGGACGCGUGCCGGCGGAUGGAGCACGUCGCCGCGGGCAUCGAGCGGACAGCGGGCCGCCUCCCAGUCAUCAGGGAAAACGCGAGGAAAAGUGUUCAACGUGGCAGGGCGGAGGUGAACUUCUUCACUGUGUACGGAAGCUGUGUAAUCGUUGGAACUAUGUACACGAUGUUUUCCGAGACUGAGCGUUGGGCUGAAGUUGCCUGUCGCUGGCUCCCAGUCGACCCCGCCCAGUGCGCAAAGAUGACGGGACCGGCUCAGAGGGUCACAUCGGUAAUGAUGAUGUGUGGCGCUCCAGCCAUUGUUACUUCAUUGCUAGGCUUCAUUCUGCCUGUCCUUCUGGUCAUCCACCGAUGUCUGGCCCACCUGCAGACUCAAAUUAACUAUUUAACGGAGGUUGGACCCUGCUCAGUCGAGUUGGCGAGGCUGCACAGCGACCUCCUCAAAGCGGCAAUCUCCGUCAAUCGGCUGCUCGAGCCGCUGGUGGCUUUUUACCUCCUCGGUGCUUUCGUGCUACCUCUGCUUUCGACCGUCGACGUGGUGCUGAACGGCAAAGAUGCUGACCAGUACGCGCUCGUCAUCGCCCCCGUGGUGCUCAUCGUGUUCGUGCCAAUCUGUGAGGCGGGCGACAAAAUGUUGGCAGCACACGAAGCCCUGGCCGGAUGCGCUUACCGCGGGCCGUGGCUGGACGAGCAGAGAUUCGAGGUUCGUCUGCGCCUCAACCUGAUGCUGGCCUCCCGGAUGCGGGGGGCUCUCUUUCGGGGCCGCGGCAUCGGCGUUCUGGACAGGGGCGCUUGCCGCGCAGCCAUCCGGGGCUGGUUCAGCUUCCUGCAAGCACUCAUCAACCUUCGCCAGGGGCGGCACAUGUGA